AUGUGCGAGCUUAACUACGGCGCUGCCUCCGAACUGCGCCAUAACGAGCUUCUGUUCGCUCAGGCGGCACUUGACCCGCAGCCUGAUCAUCGACAAGAAGCCUGGCAGCGCCGACUAGCUCGAUACCCUAUUCCUCCAGCCAUUAGACUCAGCAACCACAUCCUCGAGCAUAAUCAAUGUAGCAAGCUCGCGGAGACAGGAGGACUCCUCGAGUCUCCAUUUAGCAGGGAUUCCGUGUUGCUUGGCCGGGAAUGGCAUGGAGAGGCAAGAGGAGGCUGGCAUGAACAACUCCACAGAUGCCUGUGGCCGCCAAGUCAUGACCACAUUGUGAUCGAAUACCUCAUGCAACAUGCAUGCCAGGCGGUUCUGUUGCUUGCGUUAUAUCCCUGGCGACCAGUGGACGCGCCAAGUACAUGUAAUCCAGUGGUUACCCGGCACCCUCAAUGCUCGCAGCGGCACGCGCCUCCCUCUCGCCCGAAGGCUUCUUUACUUGGUACCUUGACAAGACUGAUGGAUGUGCUAUUAGGUGAACACUAG